CACAAUUUCUCGGCACCUUGACGGCUCACCAUUUGGCAACGUGGUUUCUUUCAGUGAUGGAGCUCUUGGUAACUACAGAGGGACGCCCUACUUUUACCUCACGCCGAUGGAUCCCUCUGCUGCUGACGUGGCAGCAGAUCCUCGCGCCUCAUUGGCUGUCAGCGCCAUGCCUCUAGGCACAUGCGGUGAUGCGGACCCUGAAAGCCCGCUCUGCGCCAAGCUGACUCUUUCAGGACAGCUGCACCGUGUGCUCGACCCCGAAGAGCUCUUAUUCGCCGAACACGCCCUCUUCACUCGACACCCCGAGAUGCAGACUUGGCCGAAGGACCACCAUUUUCAAGUUUUCAAGCUUGUCCUCGCUAAUGUCUUCCUCAUUAAUGGCUUUGGUGGACCCAGGCACAUCACUGUAGAACAGUACUACAAGUGCAUCGUCUGGCAUUUCUGA